AUGGAGACAACUACAUCCGAUCAUGAGCUCAUCAGAAAUGCAAUUGCAAACAUUGCAGUGGCAUUUGAUACGAACACCUACGCAGAACUUCGAAAUUCGUUUACAGAAGAUUGCGUGGCGGACUAUACGGGGUCACUUGGCCAUAUGAAUGGAAUCGAUACUGUUAUUGAAAAGCUGCAGGAUACCAUUGGGCACAUUACCACGUUUCACGGAUUGAGCACGCAAGUCAUAAGGCUCACUGGCAAGGAAACGGCCGAUGCAACGACCUAUUGCUCCGCGAGUCAUUACGUGGGCGACAAGUCGUUCUUUGCCGAAGCUAAGUAUUUCGAUAAGCUCGUCAAAGUGACUGAGGGAAGCACUACAAAGUGGUUGGUUAACUAUCGCUUGACUACGAUGAUGGGCGUUCCACGAGGCGAUGUCUCCAUUUUCAACAUGGACUUGGAAGGAUGGGUUGACACGUUGAAGGCAUGA